AUGUUCCUCUUCACUCCUCCUCAGGAACUACUGCCGAACAUCUGGUAUUGCUCCCGUAUCCACACAAACUUAGCACAGAAUACAAAGAUGUCGAUUCAUUGUAGGGCCCGACCUGGCCGGAACAGCCUCCGAUAUUUUCUCUAUUUCCUUCUUACCAACAGUGAGCUUGGGUCUCGGUUCGUCUUGUAUAGGCAGCGAAUUGUAUCCCAGUUGUGGUCGCGUGUAUGAUCUACAAAACUUUCAGGGAACGGACUCAACUUGGCACAUCUUUGGCGAUCUAUCAGAAGGUUGACAGCCCUUCGAUGCCCACUUCUUGCUAGGUCCUUCUUCCUUGGCUGUAGCAUAUGCAUCUCGGGGACAUUUGACUUCACAUGCUCUCGGCGAAUCCCUACUGCUUUGUUCAUCUUGGAAAGAUGACUUGAUAUCUCCGUCUUAUCGGAAACGCCCUCCUUCGCAGCGUUGUUGAGGUAGCUCUCAUGUAUCAACGUCCCUGGCAGAAAACAAUAUGAAUAGGGUCUCUGGCAUUGCGGAGUAUCGCCCUAUGAUUUGACAUGGACGCUUCUAUGAUCCUUGUUGUCCGCUUUCGUUUGAGUUUGCCCGAUGUACUAACAUUUCCGCGUUCAUCCAGUUCAUCUUCCGUCAGAAACUGUCGGGCCGAGUCAUUUAUGUGGAGUGAACAAGCCCUUAUCCAGUCAUCAUCCCCUUGGAUUAAUGAAGAAGUAUACUUUAACUCAAACAUUCUCUGAGUACAAAUGCCAGCCAUCUCGAAUGCCUGUCGUCCAAACGUUCAGUCAUGACGAGAGACUCCUACGAACCCGUUUCUUCUUUGCAUCCUUCUGACAAUUGUAUUGUAGAUCCCGUCAUCACUUCUGAGAAGUAUUCUGAGGAUGACUUACCAGCUUUCACGCCGAUGCCUUGGACAUUGCAAGAGAUUCGUGCAGCUAUUCCUGACUACUUGUUCGUGCGGGACACGACUCGAGGCGUCUUAUAUCUCGCUCGGGAUCUCCUUAUGGCUGCAGUAGUAUGGAAAGCGGGAACUUACAUCGACUCAUCCUUCGGGAACACAACCAUUCGUUCUCAGCUGUCUCCAAUCUUCGCGGAGACUCUUCGUUGGCUGACGUGGGCGGUAUACUGGUGGUUUCAGGGCUUGAUAUUCACCGGUAUUUGGGUGAUUGGACAUGAAUGCGGUCAUGGUGCCUUUUCCGAAUCAAACGCCAUUUGCGACGUCGUGGGCUUUAUCACCCAUUCGUUCUUAUGGACGCCGUACUUCAGCUGGAAGAUAUCCCAUCACCGUCACCAUAUCAGCCAUGCAUCUAUGGAGCGCGAUGAGGUUUAUGUACCCAAGUCGCGAAGUGACCUUGGCAUCCCAAAGCGACCGAACCACGAGAUUGACUGGGACGAAUACUUUGGAGAUACACCUAUCUACACGUUCUACAUGCUGAUGCGUCAACAGCUAUUAGCCUUCCCUGCCUAUCUCCUAUUCAAUGUUUCCGGGCAAAAGACCUAUCCCAAAUGGACCAACCAUUUCGAUCCGAAUUCCAUUCUGUUCACGAAAGCACAACGGAACCAAGUGAUCUUGUCAAAUCUUGGCCUCCUUUUCAUGGCAUGGGUUGUCAAACUCGCUUGUGCGAAAUGGCACCCCAUCGAGGUCAUCAAGUACUACGGAAUUCCGUGGCUUCUCGUUAGUCACUGGUUCAUAAUGAUCACAUAUCUUCACCACACGGAUCCUGUUCUGCCACACUACCGCGGGAAAGAGUGGAACUAUCAGCGAGGGGCAGCUUCCACUGUAGAUAGGAACUUCUUGGGCUGGCAAGGGCGAUUUUUCCUACAUGAUGUGGCCCACUAUCAUGUUAUCCAUCAUUUCUUUCCCAAGAUGCCAUUCUAUCAUGGACCUGAAGCUACGAAGUAUCUUCAGCAAUUCAUCGGGGAUCAGUAUCAUUAUUCCAACAAGCCUGUGUUCAAAGCUUUGUGGGAAAGCUAUAACAGAUGUCAGUUUGUAGAGGAUGAAGGAACUGUGUUAUUCUAUCGAGACAAACAGGGCAGAUCACAACUGCGUCUGGCCGACCAGUAUAAAGACUAGUGUUUUGGUCGUUCUAAUGAUAAGAAAAAAGUGUUGGAACGUCCGCGCUUUAGUAUGGUCGACCUUAGGUAUCGUUAUGGAUUGCUAUAUGAAGUCGUGUAUAUUUAAUAUUAGACCGUUAGAUGAGGAAAUCGACGCGCUAUCCCGGGUAUCAGCGUUAACAUUCCACACUAUGCUACCGAAGGUUCAUUGUAUGCCAGGUUUAUUGUGGAUCAGUGUUCCGAUAAAUUCAUGCAAAUACGAGUAUGUCGUAGUCAAAUGCAUACUAAUGAUGUCACGCAACUCCA